GACUUUGAUGAAAACUCGAAGAAUUUUACAUUAGAACUGAUAAUAAAUUUAGAUUUUCAAGCAUUUUCCGAAGAAAUUCAGGAUAUAUCCAAUGCUGCUACCAUGGAAUUGCAAAUUGAGAAUGGAAUAAAAAGUAUAGCUUCAGUUUGGAAAAAACAAGGAUUUGAAAUGUCAUUUUAUCAUGAUGGCAUAUAUCGAAUAAAGAACGUAGAGGAUUGCUUUCAGUUACUUGAAGACCAUAUGGUGCAAAUAUCAGCUAUGAAGGCUACUCGUUUUGUAGAACCAUUCAUCGAAAUUGUAGAUUACUGGGAGAAAACUUUAUCAUAUAUCAGUGAAAGUGUUGAGAAAGGAUUAAUAGUGCAACGACAGUGGCUAUACUUGGAAAAUAUAUUUCAAGGUGAUGAUAUUCGUAAGCAGCUUCCAGAUGAGGCUAAACGUUUUGCGACUAUUACAGAAGAGUUUCAAACUAUAUCUAGCAAGAUGUUUCAAGCUAAGACGGCAGUUAAAGCAACGCACAUACGUGCCCCACCUUUUUUGUUAAAUCGAUUUAACCGCAUGGAUGAACGGCUGGAGCUUAUUCAGCGUGCCUUAGAGAUUUAUCUUGAAACUAAACGCCAACUAUUUCCCCGCUUUUACUUUAUCUCAAAUGAUGACAUGUUAGAAAUAUUGGGUAAUGCCAAAAGACCAGAUUUAGUUCAAACACACUUAAAAAAGUUAUUUGAUAAUCUGUACAAACUUGAGCUUAAGCGAGUAGGCAAAACGCUAAAUCGCUGGCAGGGUUCUGGUAUGUAUUCUGAUGAUGGCGAAUUUGUAGAGUUUCAACAAGUUCUUUAUAUCGAUGGCCCCUCGGAACGAUGGCUUAAGCAGGUAGAGGAGUAUAUGUUUACGAUAAUGAAAGAAAUGUUAAAACUAACAAGAAGAUCUUUAAAAAAACUAAUUGGAAAUCGUGAGAAGUGGAUCUUUCUUUGGCCCGGGCAAAUGAUACUUACCACUGCCCAGAUACAAUGGACUACAGAUUGUACACGUAGUCUCAUUCACUGUAAUAUGGUCGACCAAAAAAAGCCCCUUCGUAAACUUAAAAGAAAACAGAUAAAAGUACUUUCAAAACUGUCAGAGAUGAGUCGGAAAGAGCUUACCAAAAUAAUGAGACUUAAAGUUAACACUCUUAUCACCUUAGAGAUUCAUGGCCGUGAUGUUAUCGAACGGAUGUACAAAGCAAAUUGCAAAGAUACUGGCAAUUUCGAGUGGUUUUCACAACUACGGUUUUAUUGGCACCGUGAAUCAGAACUAUGUAUUAUAAGGCAAACUAAUACUGAGCACUGGUAUGGCUAUGAAUACACUGGUAAUUCAGGACGGCUUGUAAUAACUCCACUAACUGAUCGAUGCUAUAUAACAUUAACUACAGCAUUACAUUUGCAUCGUGGCGGGAGUCCGAAAGGUCCUGCAGGUACCGGUAAAACUGAGACAGUUAAAGAUUUAGGAAAAGCUUUGGGAAUGUGGGUUAUAGUCACAAACUGCUCAGAAGGUCUAGACUAUAAGAGUAUUGGAAAAAAUUUCUCGGGCCUGGCACAAAGUGGUUCCUGGGGCUGUUUCGAUGAGUUUAAUCGUAUAAAUAUUGAAGUAUUAUCUGUUGUAGCACAACAAAUAAUGUCCAUUAUGGCAGCCCUGUCUGCUAAAUCGAUUGAAUUUAUGUUUGAAGGUCAAAUGAUUAAGCUAAAACAUACUGUGGGACUCUUUAUUACUAUGAAUCCAGGAUAUGCAGGUAGAACUGAACUGCCAGACAACUUAAAGUCUAUGUUUCGUCCUAUUUCAAUGAUGGUUCCAGAUAAUAUAAUAAUUGCGGAGAAUUUGCUAUUUUCUGACGGUUUUACCAAUACGCGGAGCUUAGCGCGAAAGGUUUUUACUUUAUACGAAUUAGCUAAGCAGCAAUUAUCUAAACAAUAUCACUAUGAUUUCGGUCUUCGGUCUAUGGUUGCUCUCUUACGGUAUGCUGGUCGCAAACGCCGCCAGCUGCCAAACACAAAUGAAGAAGAAAUUGUUUACUUAGCUAUGAAAGAUAUGAAUGUAGCUCGAUUAACCGCUAAUGACUUACCACUUUUUAAUGGAAUUAUUUCAGAUAUUUUUCCUGGCGUCAAUCUACCAGUAAUAGACUACAGCGAAUUUAAUAUUGCAAUAUAUGAAGAAUUUAAGGAUGCUAACUUGCAGCCAAUGUCCAUAGCAGUUAAAAAAGUCAUAGAACUUUAUGAAACAAAAAAUUCCCGACAUUCAGUUAUGAUUAUAGGUGAUACAGGAACAGCAAAAUCAGUAACUUGGCGUAUAUUACAAGGAGCAUAUUGUCGUAUGAAUGCACAACGAUUUCAAGGCUGGGAGGCUGUAUCAGUGCAUCCCGUAAAUCCUAAAGCAUUGAAUUUGGCAGAGUUAUACGGGGAGUAUAAUUUGGCAACUGGUGAAUGGCUUGACGGUGUGCUUAGUUGUAUAAUGCGUAUUAUCUGUGCCGAUGAAGACCCAAUGCAAAAAUGGCUGUUGUUCGAUGGACCCGUUGAUGCUGUUUGGAUCGAAAAUAUGAACUCAGUAAUGGAUGAUAAUAAGUUACUUACUCUUGUAAAUAGUGAACGUAUAACUAUGCCUGCGCAGGUAUCGUUAUUAUUUGAAGUUGGUGAUCUAGCUGUAGCCUCACCUGCUACCGUCUCUCGGUGUGGUAUGGUGUAUAAUGACUAUAAUGACUGGGGAUGGAAACCUUAUGUUAACUCAUGGCUGCAGCGCCAAAAAAUAAAGGAGUUUGCCGAUUUUUUGAAGAUUCAUUUUGAAUUUAUGAUCACAAAAUUGCUUGAGCACAAGCGCACACGUUGCAAAGAGCCCGUUAAGACAAAUGAGUUAAACUGCGUGAUGUCAUUGUGUAAGUUGCUCGAUGGCUUUGCAACAAAACAAAAUGGCAUUAAUCCACAAAAUUUAGAAUUGUUGGAGGAGAUGACUAAAUUGUGGUUUAUGUUUUGUUUAGUAUGGUCAAUAUGUGCAAGCGUAGAUGAAGAUGGUCGCUUAAGACUUGAUGGGUUUAUACGAGAAAUUGAAAGCUGCUUUCCAAUAAAGGACACUAUAUAUGAUUAUUUUGUUGAUCCACAUAUGCGAACAUUUUUACCCUGGGAUAGCAAGCUUUCAGAAGGUUGGCGAUAUGAUGAAGAGUGA